AUGAUCGGUUACCUAGCACUUCUUGCCGUUAUAGCCUCUGGAGUAAGGAGUGGCGCUGUUGGAGAAUGUCGAUCAGAAUGCGUUGAACUCAAUCUCUACAAAAUUGUUCGAGUCCAUCUGAAGGAUGACUUCGUGAUGGUUGGCAUAUGCAAGAACACCACAGCCACGGAGGGCUUCAAAUCCAGAGUUACUCCAUUCAUUUGUAAUCGUCACCAUGGAAUAUGGACGUUCGAUGAGACC